AUACCUACUACACAUGCGCCGAAAGAACAUUCGAUCAUUGGUGUUUGUUAUAAUUCUGUUGUGUUGCAAAUAUUUUUGUAAAUAAAUUGUUCACAAAAAAUGAGUGAUGGGAACUCCAGUCAUACGUGGGAGGAAAACUGUGCUAAACCUUUAAGACGUCCAAGUUCAGUAAGAGCGAAUAACACGACUAAUGGAAACAACUCCAAUGGACAGGAAACUGAAAACAGAAAUGGUCAGCGAAAUUCAUCUGAACUCGUCAUUGUACAGAACAGCAGAUUAUCUCCGAGGGCCCCCGAAUGGUAUCCGGCAAAUUACAAACAACCCAAACGUGCUCCACACCAAGCCGCCCAGGACCGUCUACUACAUCUUAAGCAACACUUGAACAAAAAAAAUGUAAACACGUCCGAAGAUGAACCAAAAGUGGAGCCCGAAGACGGUGAAGAUACAGAGUGUCGAGCAGUUGAAAUCUUAGAGAAUCUAAUGCAAAAUCUAAUCAGAAAUCCGGCGCAAUUUCAGGACAUUUUAGGCUCAUUUAUUGAAACGUUAGCCCCUUUCUAUAUGGACUUUCAAUUCAUAAAUUACAUUACUGAAUUAAUCGUGGAGAAGGUAUUAAGUGAUCCGAAUUUCCGGUAUAGCGCUGUGAGAUUAUGCGUUGUAAUCCAAUCGGAGUGUGGAUUGUUUCGAUCGGCUUUAUGUCUUCUCUGCCAGAAAAAGGCAAAUAGGAAUAACGACUUUAAUUUAACUUUGCUCUUGGCGGAGUUAUACACCCAACUUGAUUAUGACACGAUUUACGCCGACUUAGUGAUAAAUAGUUUGAUAGGUAUACUCAAGAGCUACGAUGAGAACAAUGUGAAGGCAGCUUGUCAAGUGUUAAAGUUGACAGGAUUCGCCUUGGAAAACACCCAUAAAAACGAGAUAAGUGAUAUUUUCACAAAAUUAUUUGCCGCACGAGAUCAUCAGUUACUAGCAAUAAAAAACUUAAUCGACUCAGUCAUAUCGUUAAGGGAGCAGAAUUGGGGGCGAACAACACCGAGCAUAAACACAACCCACAACAGCAAUCAGACGACCAACGUUGCGCACGAUGGACCCGUAUUCUACGGCCCGGAUGGUCAAGAACUGACCGAAGAGGAACAGCAAUUUUUAGACAACUGCUCAAGCCAUUCGACUCAAUCGGACGCAGUUACUGACUUCAUCGAUGAGGACUGGUGGGAUCCUGAAAUGACGGACGAGAUUAUGGAAGCCUUUGAACAAUUCAUCAUUAAUGAAAACUGAAACUGAAUGGUCAUCGUGACCAAUAUAAAUUAUCGGUAAAAUUGGUUGAGCAUAGUUGCAUACUUUUUCUACAUCUUUUGUUCGUCUAUUAAGAGUGUACUGUAGUCAUUAAAGCAGCAGCCUCUGUAUUGUUUAAGAGGAUAGGUGUGGUCUAAAUGUAUGCGAACUAUUAAUAUAAGGAAGUACCUAAUUACAAUUUUCAACAUAUUAAAAAAAAGUUAUGUAAUUACUUAUACAAGGCCUGUACAUUUGACUAGUCAUUUAGUGACCACAGUUUUCCAAAAAAAUUUAUCAGUAAUUCUCACACCAUUAAGUUAUUUUACUUUUAGUGUCAUGUUCGAACCUUGCAGUUACUGCUUUACUAGCAUUAUCAGUGGUGUGUUGAUCUAUAUACGCUUAGAUUUUUCUUAAAUAUAGUUUGUUUAAAACUUUGUACUUUCGUUGUAUAAUAAAAAUGUUUUGAUAUU